AUGGACUCGAGCGACGAUGACAACGAAGACACCAGGUCUUCGAAGAGCAACAUCAAGAGACACACGCGCACUCAAUCACUUGAGAAAGCUACCGUCAUUCCAAGUCCCAAGCGAAGAACAUACAGAGGUCCGUCGCUUGAGCAUGUGUCAGCGGCUGCAAUGGAUUUUGAAGCAGCGUACAUCAUGGAUUCAGUGGGGGAAAUGCCGACUACGUUCAAGUCGGCUAUGGAAUCAAGCGACUCCGGCAAGUGGAAAGAAGCGUGUGACUUGGAGUUCGAUUCGCUUCAGAGAAACGACACGUGGGAAAUCGUGCCUCUUCCGAAAGGUCGCAAGGCCAUCGGGUGCCGAUGGGUUUUUCGUGUAAAGGAGAAUCAAGAUGGCGAAGUUGAACGUUUCAAGGCAAGACUUGUGGCCAAAGGAUUCUCACAGAAAUUCGGAGUUGACUAUGAAGAAACUUUUGCACCAGUGGCCAAGUUCACAUCGAUUCGUGUGGUGCUCAGUAUGGCGGCUAAGUACGGCCUAAUGCUACAUCAGAUGGAUGUCAAGACAGCGUUUCUUAACGGCUCCCUCAACGAAGACAUCUACAUGGACCAGCCGGACGGAUACCUGGAUGCAACACAGCCGGACUAUGUGUGCAAGCUAAAGAGAUCACUCUACGGCUUGAAGCAAUCGCCUCGCAUGUGGAACCAAACAAUCGAUGGGUUCAUGAUCAAGAUGGGAUUCAAGAAGUGCGAAUCGGACCACUGCAUCUACAUCAAGCGAGACGACCAAGACAUGAUUCUCGUGGUGCUCUACGUCGAUGAUCUCAUCCUGGCCAGCAGCAACAACGAACUCCUCAAGUCGACCAAGAUGGCGCUGAGCAAACGCUUCGAAAUGACGGAUCUCGGUGAGCUCGAUUACUUUCUCGGCAUGGAGAUCAAGAACGACCGUAAGACGGGAAUGGUGACUGUGCAACAAACCAAGUUUCUCAAGUCCGUGUUAACCAAGUUCCGGAAUGGAUAA